GCAGUACCAGAGCCAAGAUGGCGGCCAGCAGGAGGCUGAUGAAGGAGCUUGAAGAAAUCCGCAAAUGUGGGAUGAAAAACUUCCGUAACAUCCAGGUUGAUGAAGCUAAUUUAUUGACUUGGCAAGGGCUUAUUGUUCCUGACAACCCUCCGUAUGAUAAAGGGGCCUUCAGAAUUGAAAUCAACUUUCCAGCAGAGUACCCAUUCAAACCACCGAAGAUCACAUUUAAAACGAAGAUCUAUCACCCGAACAUUGACGAAAAGGGGCAGGUCUGUCUGCCAGUAAUUAGUGCUGAAAACUGGAAGCCAGCAACCAAAACUGACCAAGGUAAGGCGUCUCCUCAUGUCUUCUGGGGACACUGCUGCGGGCAGGGCCUUCUAGGUCCCUUCUGACACCACGUCGCAUGGAGUCCAGAGAAAUACUAUAGCACUGACCACCGUGUCCACAGAAGGCUGUUGUGGUCCCUCUGUCCCAUGGGCUUGGCCUAUCUCAGCUAAGCUUCAACUCACGCAGGUGUUCUUGUGCUCGCGGCCCAAGGGGGACCCGCGCAGACAGACCAGCCCAGUGCUCGCUCCCAGUACAGGGAGGGAUGUGACCCUGUCCCUGGGAGUGUUCGUGAGGAUUGUGGGCUGCCUGGGGGGGCAAGUGGCCUCACACAGCAGUUAGCACGUGGACUCAGACUGGAAGGGGGUAGAGAGGGUGUUGAGGGCCUGCGGGCUUGAGCCGGAGCCAUGUGGCAGGCCACAGGAUGCUGGGGCUCACUGGGGUGUCUUGGGAGGGCACGGCCAGGCUUGAGGGGAGUGUGCGUACAUGAAAGCACACAGUCAGCCUUAGUGGGCCUGGAACUCCCUGUGUGUCCCUGGGUCUGGGUGCCCUCAUUUUUCUGGGAAAAGUACUUGAUUCACUACUGUGGUCGCCCCCCUCUUUUCCCCGGCAGGUGACUAAACUUUGUUAUAGACUGUGUCUAGUUUUUAUUCUUAAUUCUAGAAUUUUCUUUUGCAAUCCUAACCUCAUAUUUUUGGUGGCUUUCUUGUAAGUAACUCCCUGAACCACUUAUGGUCUUUUUAGAUUAAGGAGAAUGGAUGAGGCUGGAAUUUGAGAGGCUGCAGGUGUUGUUGUUUGGUUUUUUUUUUUUUUUUUUUUUUUUUUUUGUGACUGCUAUAAACAGUCAUUUUCCAGUGGAACCCGUGAAAGACUUACUGAAACAGUCACCAUGAAAGGCAUCCACCAGGCUCCCACAGCUGAGCAGCAGAAAGCAGUGGGUACCAAGCGUGGAGUCACAGUGGAGGAGUCUCCAGGGGGCUUGGUGCUUGGUCGUGCACAAGCUGAUGUCUGUAAAAGAUUGACAGAGUUGUUCUUAAGCACACAAACUCCUAGCUCUGUGUGGGAGCCUGCAGUUGCUGCAUUUGCUCAGGCGGCCAGACCGCAGAGAGUUACGGGUCUCCUCCCUCACUUGAGAAUUGGGCACAGGUACUUGUGCUCUGCCCCUCUCAGGGGGCAGGCUGCCCAAGAGGGCCGUGGCAGCACCGGUCCUGUUUUCAGCUUCAGGGCUCGGUGAGCAGCCAACAUGCUCUGCUUUUCCAGGUUGUGGGUGCUUUUUUCAAAUAGUCAGAUAAACCUAAGAGAGGUUUUUCAUUCUUUUGUACUUGUUGACUUAGGUUUUGAAGAUAAAAGUUUUAUCUUAAACAUGGUGCUGUUCUACAUGCAGCACCGGGCAGAAUUGCUAUUUUGUGAUGGGAGACAGGGUUUCUCUCUAGAUCAUUCUGUAGAUUCAUCUGGCAUGGCCUUGAGCUUAUCCUCACACACUUCAGGAAUGUAGUCCCUGGCACUCGACACCGUGUCCCCCAUGUUUCAGUUACCUGUUACUGUAUUACAAACCAUCUCAAAACUUAGUGGCUUAAAUUAACAACAGUUUAUUAUUUCUCAUUCUGUAGGUUGACUGGGCUCAGCUGGGUGAUUCUAUAGCUGGUCAUUCCUGGGGUCACUCAUGGUUCACUAUAAUUCAGCAUUCACAGCAACUUUUAGUGGGUAACUACUGCAAGUAAUGAGAAGCAACAGUAUAUGGAAUGUCCAGAAUAGGCAGAUCUAUAGUCAGAAAGGUGGUUAGUGUUUGUCUGGGGCUGGGGGAGGGGUCUAGGAAGUGAUUACUAAGGAGAGUGGGUAUUCUUUUGGGGAUGAUGAAAACGUUCUGGAGUUAGAUAGUGGUGGUGUCACAUGAUUUUGUGAAUA